AAGCGGCUUUCACGGCGCUGCACUCUCAGUUAAUUACGGGCAGCUUCACUUCCACUGGGGUGCCACCGCUUGGUUAUCCCCAUUUGUUCACCAGGAAAAAAAGCUUAUGCCCUGCAUCCCCGUCUUGGCGUCCCGCCUGUUGGAACUGCUCUGGAUGCCUUCUUCUUCUCCCGAUUCCCGUUCUUCGUUUCGUCCGGUCACAUUCCUCUUCUCCCCCCCCAUGAUAUCAUAACCCAGAAUUAAAGUAUGGGGGUAAUACAUCGUCCAGCGCGUGUGCACCGCGCACACCCCGUGCUCUUCACGUGUGGAACCGCCCUCCUCUUCCUCGCCCUCUUCUGUGCACGCCAUGUCCUCUACGACUCCUGGACGCUAGCCGCCCUCCCCUUCAAGUGGUUCACCUACUCGGACCGCUUCCUCCUCUCCGCCGAGGCCGACGGCUUCGAUCUCACCUUUGCCAACUACAGCAAGCACCAGGUCAGCGCUGCGCCCUUUGAGGAUCGCGUCCCGCCCGUCCUGCACCACAUCUCGCUCGGCACUGGCGCCGCCGCCCACUCGCGAUGGAUGACCGUGCGCCAAGACUGCCUCGACAUACACCCGGGCUGGGAGGCGUUUCUGUGGACGGAUGAAACGGCAAACACCUUCGUCCGCGACCACUAUCCCGAGCUCAAGGACAUGUGGGAGUCGUACCCGUACCCCAUCCAGAAAAUCGACGCGCUGCGCUACAUGGUACUAUACCACUAUGGAGGAGUCGUUUUAGAUAUGGACCUGCAGUGCAAGCGCGCCCUCGGGCCGCUACGUCGAUUCGAGUUCGUUGCCCCCGAGGCCCACCCCGCCGGCUUCUCGAUCGGGUUCAUGAUGGCGAGUAAGCGCAACGAGUUUGUCGGCAACCUGGUGGCCAACCUGCGGCGGUACAACAGGCGCUGGAUAUUCCUGCCGUAUCCCACUGUCAUGUUCAGCACGGGGUGCCACUACGCAUCCACCAUCCACGCCUUCCAGCGCGACCGAUCGACGCUGAAGAUCCUCGCCGGCACCAAAGACAACUUCCGGAUGCACAGCCUGAACGGGCCCGUGUCGACCCCGAUAUUCAACCACCUCGGCAGCUCGUCGUGGCACUCAUACGACGCCGCCCUGAUCGUCACGCUGGGCAGGUCGUGGCGGCUGCCCGUGAUACUGGUCGGCGGGGUGGCCGUCGCCUUCUUCGUCGUCAGGCGGACAAAGAGGAGGAACAUGCUGCUCAAAGGAUAG